AUGUCUCUGCCGCUCACGCCCAGCGAAAAAGAAUUUCUCGAAUACAACGCGUCCAUAUGGAACCUCGCGAUGGGUCCCAUGUAUUUCGGGACGGGGAUCGAUAUGCUUUGUCUGGGGGUGAUCUUGUGCCAGUUUGUGUUUUGGAAGGUGCGGCUGGAAAGGGAGGAGCGGUGGCCUCUGCGUUCACUGAUUUACUGGAUUACGGUGGGUAGUGUAGCGCAUACUGCAUUUGUACAAGCAUAUGGCAUGUCUGUGUUUGUAACGGGGUAUGGCGAUCCGAUCAACAUCUUUCGCGGGUGGUGGGUCAAGGGGGACUGUUUGUUUGAGCUGCUGGUAGCGAUGCCAAUAGAGGUACUAUACGCUGUAAGAGCAUAUCAGCUCUGGGGCCGGCCCAAGGUCAUCAGAUAUGGUCUCCCAUUCGUUUCUAUCUGCUCUGUCGCCGUCGGGAUCGCCAAUCUUGUACUGGGCGAGCCAGAUCCCCUGAGCUCAACAACAUCGCGCUACUUUAUCAGCUGGGUCGCCACCCUCUUUACGAUCGACUGGCUUCUCAGCGGACUAAUCAUCAUUGCGCUUAUACGAAAACGGAGCGGGGUGGGGCACACCGACAGGCUGGUCAUGCGGAUUGUGAUAUUGUCGGCAGAGGCCCAGCUGAUACCGAGUCUCGUGACGGCUGGAUUGAUCAUCAAGGCGUUGGUCGCGCCCAAGUCGCUGAUUGUUCUCGUGUUCAUCUUUGUCCCCAAAGUUUGGGUCAUCACAGCCAUGAUCGUCAUCAACUCCCGCAAAGAGCUACGCCACGUUAUGGAGCAGGAACGUGAACGAGUACUGACAGUCAGCGCCAAAACACCCUAA